UAGUAAAAUUCCAAUGAGAGUAGACCGUAUAAUUGAAAAGUAACUUUAUCAAGAGUGUAUUUAGUUUUACAAAUGCUUUAAAUAGAAGCAUAGUGUUGAAUAGUAUUUGUAUUAACAGGUGAAUUGUUGGUCUCAUGAUUUUUAAAAAUCUGCUUUUAUACAGAUGGUCCAUAAUGGUCAGUUAUUUGGAUGAAUUAGGUUAGUUCCUAUUUACUUCUAUCAGGUUGCUACCACUCUGUAGGUAAAGAAUCUGAGAAAUCAGCAUAUAUGAAAAACCUUAAAAUAGUUUGUACAGAAGAAUGGCUGAAAUCAGUUCCUGGAUUUUUAUAUCUUCCAAGUGUGAGAAAUAAUACUAAAAUAUUCUAGCAAACUAUGAAUGGAGAAUAAAUUUGGAUUUUUGUUUAUAUAUUGAGAAUGAUAAAAAGCAUUAAUUUAAGUUUUUAUUAGUUCUUUAUAAACUUUCCUAAACCUUUUUUCCCCAUGUACAUAUUAUUUUUGAUUUUACUAAGAUUUGGAGUCACCUAUGUCUUUGACUGUUUCAUUAAAAUUUUAGUCAAGACCUUUAUAGUGGUUUGCAAAAAGGAACACUAUUAAUAUGGUUGAGUGACUAAAAUCAAUAUAUUAAUAAUAUGUUAAUUAUAAUGCCAAAAACAUAAGUAUACAUUAUUAUCACAAAAUUAGAACUUUUUUGGUUGUUUAUGUAUUUAAUUUUUACUGCAAUUUGAUUUAUUUGAUGUUUUCAUUUACCCCUCAUUAGGACUCAUUUUGGAAUCUAGGACCUCAAUAUCUGUUAUGUCUUUGUGUGAAGACAUGCUGCUUUGUAAUUAUCGAAAAUGUCGCAUCAAACUCUCUGGUUAUGCAUGGGUCACUGCCUGCUCUCACAUUUUCUGUGAUCAGCAUGGCAGUGGCGAGUUUAGUCGUUCACCAGCUAUCUGCCCUGCCUGCAACAGCACCCUUUCUGGAAAGCUAGAUAUUGUCCGCACGGAACUCAGUCCAUCAGAGGAAUAUAAAGCCAUGGUGCUGGCUGGUCUUCGACCUGAGAUUGUAUUGGACAUUAGCUCCCGAGCACUGGCCUUCUGGACAUACCAGGUACAUCAGGAGCGUCUCUAUCAAGAAUACAAAUUCAGCAAGGCUGAGGGCCAUCUGAAGCAGAUCGAGAAGAUAUAUACUCAGCAAAUACAAAGCAAGGAUGUAGAAUUGACCUCUAUGAAAGGGGAAGUCACCUCCAUGAAGAAAGUGCUAGAAGAAUAUAAGAAAAAGUUCAGUGACAUCUCUGAGAAACUUAUGGAGCGAAAUCGUCAGUAUCAAAAACUCCAAGGCCUCUAUGAUAGCCUUAGGCUACGAAACAUCACUAUUGCUAACCAGGAAGGUACCCUUGAGCCAUCCAUGAUUUCACAAUCUGGUAUUUUUGGCUUCCCAUUAGGGAACAAAUCCAAGUUUCCUUUGGACAGUACACCAGUUCAAAAUCGUGGUGGUGGAGAUGGAGAUUUUCAGUUCAGACCAUUUUUUGUGGGUUCUCCCACAGCACCUGAACCCAGCAACAACUUUUUUAGUUUUGCAUCCCCAAGUCGUGAAUUAGAGCAACAAGCCUCUAGCAGGGCCUUUAAAGUAAAAAGAAUUUAAUUAACUUUACAGAUUGUUUCCCUAUUUAGUUUCAGUGACUUCAUUUAGUAAAUAAUCUUUAUUUUAGAUAGGAGUCACCAACUUCUCUGUGUGUUAUUAAGUCUUUAAAGUUGUCUUCACAUUUUUAAGAAACUCAAUGGCACUGAGGAUGGCUUUAGAAUCUGAUUUCUUCUUCGGUUUCCGUUAUUUAAGAGCAUGAGCAUUUUAUUAAACUCAAUUUCAUUGUGAGCUUUUGCGUUUUUACUAGUAGUGGAAAGAUUACAAUAUUAUUGGGUGUUUUGUAGAUCACAAUAUGUUUCUGUCUGAGCUAUUUCUGACUGGACUAUAUGUUUAUGCAUAUGCAUGAAAGCACCUAUAUUAUAUACUAUAUGUCACUUUGGGUUUUGGCAUUUAUGCCUAUAUACAUAUUCACUUAUGUUGAUAUUUUGCUAUAUUUGCUAGUAAAUUUAUGUGAAGAUUUUGGCCUCAGGAAAUAGUAAGGUGUGUCUGCAGUUUGUCAUUUGUGUUUAUACAUUCAUUUCUAUAUGGUUAUGUAUUUGCCUUUGUAUUAACUUGUAUGGAGUGUUUGUGCUUAUGUCAGUGAAUGAGAGUACAAUUUGAUGUACAUAUGAUCAGUCCUUAUUUCUACUUAAAAAUAGUUUACAUUGAUAAAGUUAUUUUGUGAAGUUGAUUUUUGACUGUUUAUUUAAAAAUAAAAUUGCUCUUUCUUUA